AAUUCUUCAUUCUUCUCAACAACUUCCAUCAGAAAAAAUGUCAGAAAAUCUCAAAAAAAUUACCAAAUUUGAUUUAACAAAUGGAACAACUUACCAAGAAGAACCGGAAGAAAUAUUUCAGCCUCCCCCAAUUAAAGAAGCGCACAUUUCUGGAUUGUCUAAAUAUCAAGAAAUGUAUAAUAAAUCAAUUAAAAAUCCUGACGAGUUUUGGAAAUCUGUGGCAGAAAAAUUGUAUUUUGAAAAAUUUUCUGAAAAGGGGCUGGAAUGGAAUUUUGAUAAAAGGAAGGGAGAGGUAUUUAUUCGUUUUAUGAAUGGAUCUAAAACAAAUAUUGCUUAUAAUUGUUUGGAAAGAAAUAUUAAAAAUGGAUUGGAAAACAGAAUAGCCUAUUUUUGGGAGGGGAAUGAACCAGGCGAUGAAAAAUCGAUAACUUAUGGAGAAUUGUUAAAAGAGGUGAUCAAAUUUUCUUCUGUUUUACGUUCUAAAGGCGUGAGAAAAGGAGAUGUUGUAGCAAUUUAUUUACCAAUGAUUUUGGAAUUAGUUGUUGCAAUGUUGGCAUGUGCUCGUAUAGGUGCUAUUCAUUCUGUUGUUUUUGCUGGAUUUUCUGCGGAUUCUUUAGCUUCAAGAAUUACACAUGCAAGAUCUAGAAUUUUAAUCACAGCCGAUGGUUGCUUCCGCGGCAAUAAAUUAAUUGACUUAAAAUCCUUGGCGGACAAAGCAGCCAAUAUUUGUACUCUUCGAGGAGAAUCUUUAGAUAAUAUUAUUGUUGUUGAACAUUUAAAGAAAAUUCGAAUACCUGAGGGAGCACAGGGAAUUAAUUUAAACUUGGAAAAAGGAAGAGAUUCUACGUGGGAUUAUGAAAUGUCUUUACAUCAAGAGACAAAUCAACAGACAAAUUCAAAUGUGGAAUGGAUGGAAGCAGAAGAUCCCUUAUUUAUUUUGUAUACUUCUGGAUCAACUGGAUCUCCUAAAGGUAUUCUUCAUUCUACUGCUGGGUAUAUGUGUUAUGUUUAUAUGACAACAAAGUGCUCAUUUGAUGCACAACCAGAUAUUGAUAUUUAUUGGGCAACUGCUGAUUGUGGUUGGAUAACUGGACAUUCCUAUGUUGUAUAUGGACCUUUAUUGAAUGGUUUAACUUCUGUAAUUUUUGAAGGUGUUCCGAGUUAUCCAGAUCAUUCUCGUUUUUGGUCAAUUAUUGAAAAAUACCGAGUUACCAAAUUUUAUACGGCACCUACAGCUAUUAGAGCUUUAAUGGCAUUCCCAGAAGAAUUUGUAACAAAACAUAAUUGUUCUUCACUUAAAAUAAUUGGAACUGUUGGAGAACCUAUAAACCCAACAGCAUGGAAAUGGUUAUAUAAUGUUGUGGGUAAAACAAAAUGUGCUGUUGUUGAUACUUAUUGGCAAACUGAAACGGGUGGACAUGUGGUUGGUAAUUUAAUGUUAACAAUAAAUUUAAUUAUAAAAUUUAAAAAAAAAAUUUUUUUGUGA